AUGCACUAUAUCCGCUUCCUGCGUCCACCCAAAAUCGAGGUCCAAAAGGGCCAAUCCUCCCUCAGCCUCGUAUUAGUGCUAUCGACGGAUCUAGGCGACGCGCUACUCGCCAGCGAGGCCAACGUGCUCCUCAACCUCUGCCUCUUCACCCAAGGCCGGAACGAUGGCCACACGCUCGAGCCCGGCUUCAAAACCACGCUGACGUGGGAGCGCGGGGCCCGGGUGCUCAAAAAGACGGUGCCCAUCCCUACAAAUUCUUGGAAGCAGCUCCUGAUCCGGCCGGCCGACCUUGCCGUGGCAGCUCGUCAGUUCUCGCAGCUGGUGUCGUGGGCCUCGUCGUCGUCGGCGACGGGCCGUCCGCGCGGGCUCAUCAUGCCGGUCUGGUUCGAUUUCGAGCUGCAGGAGGAAAGCGAGCGGGCCGGGCGUAAAGACGUGUGCCUACGCAAGCUGCAUCUGGUGGGCACCACCGUUUUAGAGUUUGAGGAAGAGUUUGGCGACAGCAUCGCACGCCACGUCUGGGAUGGAGGGCUCGCUGCGGUGUCGUUUCUCUCGCAGAUCUUGGGCGGCCAGGCGAAAGCGGAUGCGGCGAUCGGGGCGAGGAUGCCCGUGCUUAGGGGAUGCUUCUCGACGAGGGGCCGAUGGACAUUAUCGAGAUUGGGUGCGGUGUCGGUGUUUUGGGCGUCGGACUCUGCGGGAUGCUCGCCGCCACGCGGCAGGAUGCCGGGGUGGGGGACUACCGUGUAG